UUAUGCCGGGAUGGGCCAGGGUGUAUAAAAGCGGGCUCUGCCACAUUGAGCAUCAACACAGCAGCCUCUCGGUAACCAGCCACCACUGUGCGGGACCCAGAUACAGUACAAUUCAAGAUGACAACCCAGCCAAUGGAUGUCAUGGGUCAGUGGAAGAUCACGAUGUGGGAAGAGCAGAACUUCCAAGGAAAACACUGCGAGUUUAUGCUGGAAUGUCCCAACAUCAUGGAACGUGGAUUCAACAAGAUCCGAUCCAUCAAGGUAGAAUGUGGACCCUGGGCAGGAUUCGAACACCCAGAAUUCCAGGGACAGCAGUUCAUCCUGGAGAAGGGAGACUACCCACGUUGGGACGCCUGGAGCGGAAACAGUGGCUACAGGACCGAACACCUUCUCUCCUUCCGCCCCAUCAAGAGUGCCAACCACAGCGACAGCAAGAUCUCCCUGUACGAAACCGAGAACUUCCAGGGGCGCAAGUUUGAGCUCUGCGACGACUACCCAUCCCUGCAAGCCAUGGGCUGGUGCAGCAAGGAGGUUGCCUCCAUCAAGGUCCACUCUGGAGCCUGGGUUGGAUACCAGUACCCUGGCUACAGAGGCUACCAAUACAUCUUCGAGAGGGACCGACACAAUGGUGAAUACAAGAACUACAACGAGUACAGUACUCAGGCCCACACCAACCAGAUGCAGUCCAUGCGCAGAGUCCAGCACUAGACUGUGAAGAGACCACCUACUCACUGGGGGGAUUGAAGGGAGGGGAGGGGAGGAGCGGGGCUCGGGUAAUGAUAUCAGCUGCCUGGAUAUAGAAGGAACUGUACUGAACUGAACAAUAAAGCAUCUGCAUCUUACAAAACA